UCUGUGCAGGCAAAGUUGACUCACAAAGUGUAAGAAGACACCAGCCGAGUUUUCCUGUGGGCGUCUGUGUGGGGCUGAAAUACCUGCUGGCCAACACGCUGCACACGCGCUGGGGAAAAAGAGACAACAUGAAGUUUUGUUUAAGGAUUCUUCUCCUGUUUUUUCUGGUUACUGGAACAGUAACACAAGAUUUUGACUUGUUCGAUGCUCUUGAUGACCCACCACCAACACCUGCAAAACCCAAGGAGCCGCCAAAGCCACCAAAGGAUCCCGGUCUGGACGGUGGCCUAGACCUUUCUGAUGCAUUUGGACCAGAUGAGCCACAAACUAAAAAACCCGAGAAACCAAAUUCUGGAGAUUCUGGAGAUGCUGGAUUUGAUUUGGGGGAUGCUCUCAAACCAGACCCCAACGCUAAACCUGACAAACCUGCUGUCAAACCGCCGAGCGGUGGAGGAGGAGGUGGUGGAAGUUUUGAUGACUCAGACUUGGCUAGUGUGGGUGGGGGGGGGGACUACAAGCCUGAUGGAGGCCGCUCAGGAGGUCGUGCCAUGGAUCCUCAGGGUGGUGCUGAUCCGCCUCAAGAUCCAGAUUUUCUGUGGGGCCAAAUCCAGAAGAUGCUAAAUACUAACUUUCCAGAGGAAUUUUAUGUUUGGCUGUCCAACCUAAAGCAAAUCGUAACGCCUCUGUUAGAGCGGGCCAUGGAGCUGCUGCAGGCUCUGCCGUGAGCCGCUGGUCCGUUUGUGAUGCUCUCAGGUUUCUGAUUGUUUGUGUUGGUUUACAAAUAUAAUAUCUGAUGGAGUCAGAGUUUGAAAAAAUUGGUGGCUGGAAAAUUAGGAAAUAGAAAUUUUGUUUUCUGGGUGCCAAGAGUACGGUCAGGGGGAGAUAUAUAUAUUUUUUUCAGUACUUUGUUUUUGUGCGGCUCUCAGUCCUCUUGCUAACAUGGGGGUUCGGUGUGCGUUGUGUGUGUUGUGUAAGUGUAUUUUUGGUGGGUUUUUUUUUUGUACCUUGAGUCUUUAUGGGAUUUGGAUUUCCUGAAAUGUGUAACAUAUGAUAAUAAAAUAAUAAAAGCAGCUGUGGAGUGGUCAGUGUUUGGAUAGUAUGAUUGAAACAUGAUCUCUGAAUCCAGACGACGAACACAAACCGCUGACUCAGCCCCUUUAAUGUAACUAUAUAUUAUUUUCACAGAAAAAUAUGCACUAUUUAUUAAUAAUCAUAUUUAGACUCAUUCUUUAGUGUGAAUGUUUCUUUGUGUCCAACAAUAAUUCAGUUUAUUUAUAAAGCACCAAAUCACAACAGUCAGCUCAAGCUGAUCGUAAUCAUACAGAUGUGCCCAUCGCUGGUACAUCUGUAAUCUUCAUGCUGCUCAAACUUCAGAAGAUUUUUUUUUAUUACAAAUAAAUAUAUGAAGACUUUAAUAGGACAGAGGCUGGAAAUGAUACAAGAAAUAUUUCUGUGAAAUUUCAAAACAAAACCAGUGAUAAAACUCUUUAUUUAUACAAUGUGGAAAAUAGAAAAUGUCCAUCAUGCAAAUAUACUCAGAAUAAAAAAAAUGCACUAUUCCUAUGAUUUAGGAAGAUUACAUAAAAAAUUUUUUAUAAAGAUUUUGUUAGAACUUGAAACAGGUUUCACAAAAAUGAGAACUUUAUGCUAACAUGCUUUUCAUGACGCUGUCCCCAUGAUGGCUCUGCAUCACAGCUGUGUUAGCAGCAGAAAGACGGCACUGAGCACUCAGGAGCCGUGCGUGAAACAGAACAGUGAGUGGCAUACUCAACAUUUCUCAGUAGUCAGUCACGCUGUUGGCUGUCAGCCUUCAUAUCAUUCUUUCUGUUUUUUAAUAUCCAGGCAACUCCCUGUUUUUGUGCUGCACUGUCACCGACACACUCCUCCUCAUGACUCAGUGAGGUGUUAAACAACAGCCAGCCUUAUUAUUCACACACACACAGCUUGUGUUUCAGUGUCUUUGUGCUGCCUCUCUGCCACACCCUGCACUUUAAUCAGCCUGUCUGAACUUUUUUCACUGCUGCAGGAGAAUGUGGCACUAAACGUUAUUGACUGCCACCUUGUGGAGAACUCUGGUCAUGACACUUCAUUGACUGGACCUUGUCAAACUGUUACUGGCUAUUUACAAAAUAAUUGUUCUUAAAGAGGCUCUAAAGAUCAUGUUUGUGAGUGAAACAAAUGUGGAGUCAGUUUUUCUGUCUCUAAUGUGAGCGCUCUUCCUUUAAAAUAAUUUUAUUCAGAUCUUCUUAAAAGCAAAGUUAUUUGACAUAUCUGAUGAUAAAAAUAAUAAAUAUUUUGAGAAACUGGUUCUGAAUCGUUCCCUUGCAGUAACGUGUCCUUUUUUU